AUUUAAUCUAUCAUGCUGAGGGUGUGACAGCUUUGCACUCUCUCACUUGCUCAUUCACUCUGUUCCUGUCUCAUUCUGUUCUUGCAUUGCAUGUAGGAAGCCAAGUACAGAACUAAUUUGAAAAUGUGCAAGAUUUCUGGAUAUCUACAGUCCACAGUAUAGCUGCUUUUUUGUGCAUGUGCACUAAUUGUGUGGGUUCAUGCCGUGAAUGCGGUGGGGAAAGCCGUGCAUUUCACAGCUAAUCCCAGAGAAGAGACACGGAAUACUCAGCGGAUAAAAGGCUUGUCGUCCCAGCUGGGGAAAGAGUUCCAUUAUCUCCCAGCUGCAUAGACAUUCUGCACGGUUUGGUUUUGCCUGGAUGAGGCUCGUCAAGAGCAUGUAACAGUUCUGCAGACAUUGGACUGUUAAGAUCUGCUAUAAGUUGUGGCAGGAAGAACUACUUAGUAUCUCUGAUGAUUGGAUGGGAAGAAUUUUUGACCCUGGAAAGUGGAGAUGACGUUGCUAUGGAAAUUCGUAUCUCUGCUACCAUUCAUGAACUGUUUUGCAGUAGAAGAAACACUGCAUGGACCUAUUUUUAUUCAAGAGCCAUUUGAUGUCACUUAUUCGGUAAGCUCUGAAGAAUCAGAAGUACUGCUGAACUGUACAGCUAGAGGACACCCCUUGCCACACUAUAGGUGGAAGCAAAAUGGCACAGAUAUUGAUCUUACCAUGAAUUAUCACUACAGGCUGGUUGGAGGCAGCUUGGCAAUCAAUAACCCACAUAAAAAACAGGAUAUUGGAACAUACCAGUGUUUGGUCACCAAUUCAUUUGGAACAAUUGUGAGCAGGACAGCAAAACUUCAGUUUGCAUAUCUUGAAAGCUUUGAAACUAAAGCAAGAAGCACCGUAUCAGUCAGAAAAGGACAAGGAGUCGUUCUUCUCUGUGGUCCUCCACCACAUUAUGGAGAUUUAUCCUAUGCUUGGAUUUUCAAUGAUAAUCCCUUAUAUGUUCAGGAGGACAGUCGUCGAUUUGUGUCUCAAGAGACAGGAAAUCUAUACAUCGCCAAAGUGGAACCUUCUGAUGUGGGCAAUUACACAUGUGUUGUAACUAACACAGAAGCAAAGCAAAGUGUGCAGGGCCCACCCACACCACUUGUACUCCGUAGUGACGGUGUGAUGGGGGAGUAUGAACCAAAGAUUGAAGUGCGUUUUCCAGAAAUAACAUACGCAGCAAAAGGUUCAUCUGUUAAACUGGAAUGCUUUGCCCUUGGAAAUCCUGUUCCCAGUAUCAACUGGAAGAGAUCUGAUGGCAGUCCAUUGGCUAGAAAAAUCAACACAUCCAAAGGAAUCCUGGAAAUCCCUGACUUUCAGCAGGAAGAGGAAGGUUCUUAUGAAUGUAUUGUGGGAAACAUUCGGGGAAGGAAUGUUGCAAAAGGCCAACUGUUUAUAUAUGCACUCCCUGAAUGGACAAGAAGCAUUCAGAAUGCCUUCUUAUCUCUCUAUGAUACUUUGUCUUGGGAAUGUAAAGCAAGUGGAAAUCCAAGACCUUCAUAUAGUUGGUUUAAAAAUAGCCAGCCACUCACAUCAGAGGAGAGAAUUCAAAUUGAAAAUGGAACACUUACUAUAACUAUGUUGAACAUUUCAGACUCUGGCCUAUAUCAGUGUGUUGCAGAAAAUAAAUAUGGUUCUAUUUAUUCCAAUGCAGAGUUAAAAGUCAUAGUUUCAGCCCCUGAUUUUUCCAAGCAUCCUGUGAAAAAAAUAUCAGUUGCCCAAGUGGGAGGUGAGGUCACCAUUGAAUGCAAACCAGAUGCCUCUCCCAAAGCAGUCAUUAGUUGGAAAAAAGGCACUGAGACUCUGGGGCAAAACAAAAGAAUUUUCAUCUUAGAAGACGGCAGCCUGAAGGUUUAUAAUGUUACCAAAUCAGAUGCAGGUGUUUAUGCUUGCAUAGCAAUGAAUCAAUUUGGAGUUGCUAGGAACACAGGGGAACUGAUUGUGAAAGAGAGAACUGUCAUUACCAUUCCACCUUCCAAAAUGGAUGUUACUGUUGGGGAAAGUAUAGUCCUGCCUUGUGCAGUAUCCAAAGACCCAUCCAUUGAGGUUCUAUUCUCAUGGUCAUUCAAUGGAGACAUUAUAGAUUUUAAAAGACGAAUGACUCAUUUUGAAAGAGUUGGAGGGGAAUCAGUAGGGGACCUGAUGAUUAGAAAUAUUCAACUGAAUCAUUCCGGGAAAUAUACAUGCACAGUGCAAACAGCUAUGGACAUCUUAUCUGAAACGGCAGAAAUUAUUGUAAGAGGCACUCCAGGUCCUCCCAGAGACGUUAGUAUUGAACAUAUUUCUAGUACAACUGCAGUGUUAACCUGGAGACCAGGAAUGGAUAAUAAUAGUCCAGUCCAGAUAUACACCAUUCAGACAAGGACUCCUUUUUCAGUUGGUUGGCAGGCAGUUUCAACAGUUCCUGAAGUAAUUAAUGGAAGGACCCACACUGCAACAGUUGUUGAUCUUAAUCCUUGGGUCGAGUAUGAAUUUCGCGUUGUGGCUGGCAAUAGCAUUGGAAUUGGAGAGCCAAGCAUGCCAUCUGAGCUACUGAGAACUAAAGCAUCUAUUCCUUCAGUGGCACCAACAAAUGUGAGUGGAGGUGGAGGAAGCCGGUCUGAACUUGUCAUCACAUGGGAGUCAGUUCCCGAGGAACUACAAAAUGGAGAAGGUUUUGGAUACAUCAUUAUGUUCCGACCUCUUGGCUCAACAAGCUGGACGAAAGCAGUAGUUACUUCUGUGGAGGCAUCCAAAUACAUCUACAGAAAUGAAAGUAUCACACCAUUGUUCCCUUUUGAAGUGAAAGUGGGUGUCUUUAAUCAUGAAGGAGUAGGCACUCUGAGCCCAAUAUAUAUUGUAUACUCUGGAGAGGACGAACCACAGAUAGCACCAACUGGAACUUCUAUACAAAGCUUCUCAGCCUCUGAGAUGGAAGUCUCUUGGAACCCUGUUGCAUGGAACAGACAUACUGGACGAGUUCUUGGCUAUGAGGUCUUAUACUGGUCAGAUGAUUCGAAGGAUUCUACAACUGGCAAAGCCAGAGUCAAUGGCAACAUGACAGCAAAGAAUAUCACUGGCCUCAGGGCCAAUACAAUGUACUUUGCCGCAGUAAGAGCUUACAACACUGCCGGGUCUGGACCAUCCAGUGUUCCAGUCAAUGUCACUACGAAAAAAUCACCACCAAGCCAACGGCCAGCAAACAUUGCAUGGAGACUGACAAAUUCAAAGAUAUGCUUGAACUGGGAGCAUGUGAAAACAAUGGAAAAUGAGUCUGAGGUGCUAGGCUACAAAAUUUUGUAUAGGCAAAAUCGACAAAGCACCACUCAUAUACUGGAGACAAACAAUACAUCAGCUGAGCUGCUAGUACCUUUUGAAGAAGAUUAUCUCAUAGAAAUAAGAACCAUCAGCGAUGGAGGGGAAGGUAGCAGCAGUGAGGAAAUUAGGAUUCCAACCAUGUCAAGUUUAAGCUCCAGAGCAACACAUGCCUGCCAUUCUGUAGCCCAUGUUAUGAGUACUAAAAUUAUGAUUCUGGGAUAUUUUCUCAAUUUCUCUGUUUUUUGUUGAGUGGAGCCAACAUGGCUGCACCCCUUGGACUUUUCAGAACAAACCAGCCAUGGUUAUUGGAAGGUAUUUUCCUGAUAUGUCAGCUACUUCUGUCUUUCCUAAAAAUGAAAGCUAUUAAAGAUAAUGAACUGUAUUUUACAAAAAUUGUAAAUAUUAAUUUAAUAAAAAAUAACAAACAAAUCACCUGUGAGUUUAAGAUCUCCCCAAAUUAAACAGAAUGUUGCCAAAAUGUAGCCAUGUGAUUGUAAAAUGAGAACGCUAAUUUGUAUUGCAGUUGGCAACCUGUUGUGGAAAUCCAGUUUAUAUGUAUCUAUGGCAAAAAACAUACAAGAUACCAACCAAAAAAACCCAAUGGCCAACAAGAAAAAGGCUUGCAGUUGUUUGUGGUGUAUAACAUUAACUGAUACAUGUUUCUCACUUUGAUCUGUAAUGAAAUAAUAUUAUUUGCAUUUUCAGAUUUAAUAAAAAAUAUUUCUUUAUGAUU